CACACACUCAAGAGCUGCCAAAAAUUUCCAACCUCCGCCCCCCUCCCGAGCUGACUUCCUUCCAGCGUUUCCUGAGCAGGACGAUCCUGGGAUUUGUAAGACAGGAAAAAAGGGACGGCGCGAGGGCGGGCGAGGGGACGGGAUGCUCGCUGUUCGCGGUCCCCCAGCGGUCUGAAGGCAGAACGAGCGCGGGCCUAGGGCGGAGCACACUCACAGCUCCGGGGCGGUCCCCUCGCCGCCGCGUCCCGGCCCCAGCUCCUCGCAAGGCUCAGCGGAGAAGAGCGGGGAGACACCGAGGGAGCCCGAGUAGGGAGGUGACACCCGCCCGGGGCGGUGCACGGCCCGAUCUGCGCGCCCAUGCCGACCCACGGCGCCGCUCUGCUCCGGUGAUCCGACCCUGAAACCCUCGUCAGCCGAGCGGAGCAGAGAGCAGAGACGGAGGGGCAGCCUCUGUGGGACUAACUCAUGAAGAACAAGGGUGCCAAGCAGAAGCUGAAACGAAAGGGAGGCGCCAGUGCGUUUGGAUGUGACCUGACAGAGUAUCUGGAAAGUUCGGGACAGGAUGUUCCAUAUGUGCUGAAGAGCUGUGCCGAAUUUAUAGAGACUCAUGGCAUUGUGGAUGGAAUCUACCGUCUCUCAGGCGUCACCUCAAACAUCCAGCGGCUAAGGCAAGAGUUCGGCUCAGAUCAAUGUCCAGACCUGACAAGGGAAGUGUACCUCCAAGACAUCCACUGUGUGGGCUCCCUGUGCAAGCUCUACUUCAGGGAGCUGCCCAACCCCCUCCUGACCUACGAGCUCUAUGAGAAAUUCACGGAAGCAGUGUCUCAUUGCCCGGAAGAAGGCCAGCUGGCCCGAAUCCAGAAUGUUAUCCAGGAGCUUCCCCCGCCCCAUUAUAGGACCUUGGAAUACCUGAUUCGACACCUGGCCCACAUCGCCUCAUUCAGCAGCAAGACCAACAUGCACGCCAGGAACCUGGCCCUGGUGUGGGCCCCAAACCUCCUCAGGUGUAAAAAAAUCGAAGCCACUAUAUACAAUGGAGACGCAGCCUUUCUGGCAGUCCGGGUCCAGCAGGUGGUGAUUGAAUUCAUACUGAACCACGCCGAUCAAAUCUUCAACAGUGGUGCUCAAGGGCCUCUGCAGCAGGAUGAAGGCCGUAUCAUCACAAAGAGCCUGACGCUGCCAGCCCUGUCCUUGCCCAUGAAGUUGGUAAGCCUGGAGGAGGCUCAGGCCCGAAGCCUGGCGACAAACCACCCUGCUCGAAAGGAAAGACGAGAGAACAGCCUGCCUGAGAUCGUCCCUCCCAUGGGCACCCUCUUCCACACAGUCCUUGAGUUACCAGACAGCAAGAGAAAGCUUUCCAGUAAAUCAAAGUGGAAAUCAAUAUUUAACCUGGGGCGUUCUGGAUCAGACUCGAAAUCUAAGCUGAGCAGAAAUGGGAGUGUGUUCGUGAGAGGACAGAGGCUCUCAGUGGAAAAGGCUACUAUCCGACCAGCUAAAAGCAUGGACUCGUUGUGUUCAGUGCCUGUGGAAGGGAAAGAAAGCAAAGGAAAUUUCAAUCGUACAGUCACCACUGGUGGAUUUUUCAUUCCAGCCACAAAAAUGCACACGAGCAGCGCUGGCAGUUCCUGUGAUCUCAGCAAGGAGAGUGAAUGGGGUCAGGAGGGGAUGCCUGCUGGGGCUGAGGGGGGCUGUGAGGUGAGCGGUCAGAUCCGGCCCCUGCCUGAGCAGCUGAAGGUGUUCCGCCCCAUCGGGGACCCUGAAAGUGAACAGUCCGCCCCGAAGCUUCUGGGGAUGUUCUACACCUCCAGCGACAGUCCUGGCAAAUCCGUCUUCACCAGCAGCUUGUUCCAGAUGGAGCCUUCACCGCGCCACCAGCGAAAGGCGCUCAACAUCUCGGAGCCCUUCGCAGUGUCCGUGCCACUCCGCGUAUCCGCGGUCAUCAGCACAAACAGCACUCCGUGCAGAACACCCCCCAAAGAGCUGCAGUCUCUCUCCAGCCUAGAAGAGUUCUCUUUCCAAGGUUCAGAAAGCGGAGGAUGGCCAGAAGAGGAGAAGUCCCUGGGAGCUGAGUCUUUUCCAGCUUCUGCGGCUAAGACGGCAGCUCCCGAGGACUCCAUGCCAGAACCUGAAGCUCUGGCGACAGCGGAAUGUAGCCAAGGCCCUCCCCUGGACCCAGGUACCCAAGUGGAGAGGAAACCCUUGGAAAUAUCCCUGGGAUCUCAAGGGAUCUCAAGGGCACCAGAGAAGAGGCCGAAUGCAGAGACGGUGGUGAAAGAGAGCCUGGGGACUGGGCAGCUGAAGACAACCACUCCACAAGAUAGCCUCAAGGCCAGGACCGAAGCAACGCUUCUCCAUGACAUGGAUGAAGAUGACCUAGGUCACACUCUGAUCUGGCCUGAGAUUCAACAGGAACUGAAAAUCAUUGAGUCGGAGGAGGAGCUCUCGUCAUUGCCACCCCCUGCUCAGAAGACAAGCCCAAUCACUGAGUUAGGUCCAGCACCAUUUCCCUUCCCAGAGGCAUCUGGGAGCUCGCCCUGUAGCUCUACACCUCUGCAGGUGUGUACCAGGGACUCAGCCAAUCAGAGCACACAGGGGGCUGCCAUUCUUGCCAAUAGAGGGAAUCUGGAGCCUGUCUGCAGCCUCCCUGAGUCAGAGUCUAAGCAGGGACUCAGCCCAGACCCAGCCAGUCUAGCGCCUCUGCAGAUACUUUUGUUUGAGAAGGUGUCUUCUCCAGCUAGGAUAGAUAUGGGAGGCCCAAGAAAUCUCUCCCCUCCACUUCCUCCUGCUCCUCCACCUCCAACUCCUCUGGAGGAGGAGCCUCGAGUCUUGCUGUCAAAAGAAGGAGGCCCUGACAGGGAAGAUGCAUCCAUGGAUUCCAGGACAGAUCCCUACACAGAGCAGCCAAACCCCCAAGUUAACCCUAGCCCCCACCAGAGAGAAGAGGCCAUUACAAGCCCCAAUGAGAAGCAAAAUGCAAAGCCUGCUGCUCCUGAGAGCAAAGGCUCUGGUCUCCCAAGCCCAGCAAAGGAGGCUGAAGUUGCCCCACAAGAAGAGGGGGAUCCCCCUCAUGCAACACAAGAGCCUUCAGACUGCGACGAAGAUGACACUGUGACAGACACUGCUCAGCAUGGCCUGGAGAUGGUAGAACCCUGGGAGGAGCCCCAGUGGGUGACCAGUCCCCUUCAUUCUCCCACCCUGAAAGACGUGCAGGAGUCCCAGGUGCAGUGCCCCCAGGGCCACCGAUUGGAGAGGAGACUUUGCCACAGGCCCAGCCUUCGCCAGAGCCAUUCUCUGGACAGCAAAAGCAGCGGUAAGAGCCACUGGACUCUUGAGAUUCACUUCUCCAGCAGUUGUGCUAAUCUUGAAACAGAGAGGAAUUAUGAGCCUCUGCAGCCCCCGGCAGCCAGGGACAAGAGUGCUGGAUGGGAGGGAAAGGCCCUGAAAGCCUUCAGAGAGUUCUCUGGCCUGAAAGGGUUAGAGGUUCUUCCCAGCCAGAAGGGACAACCUGCUACACCACCCAAACCAGUAGAAACCAACUUCAUCAGUCUGGCAGAAGGAAAGGAGCAGGGACCACAGCUGGAACUCAGCAACCCUCAGAUGAAACACAAUGAUGUUCCCGGGCCAGAAGGCAGCGUGGAGAGUUCGCCUAGGGCUCAAGACAGCACCUCACCUGGGGAGAACACCCUAAAGUCACAGCCUACGAGCACUGAGUGUGGACCCUCAAAAGGGAAACACAGGCCUUCUUCCCUCAACUUGGACUCUGCCACACCCAUCGCUGACCUCUUCCGACUUGAGAAUGGGGCUUCGUUUAGUUCACCUGGAAUAGAGCUCUCUGAACUAAGAAACAUGAAGGUCACCUGGACGACCUCCUCUCCCUGUAAAGUAGCCCCCUGGGGCUCCCAGGACACCCAGGACCUGGACAUUGUUGCCCAUGCUCUGACAGGCCGCCGGAACUCAGCUCCGGUGAGCGUGUCAGCUGUGAGAACCUCCUUCAUGGUCAAAAUGUGUCAAGCCAAGGCUGUCCCUGUCAUCCCACCCAAGAUUCAGUACACACAGAUCCCACAGCCCCUGCCCUCUCAGAGCACAGGGGAAGGUGGAAUUCCGUCUCCAGAGAGGAACCGUGAACCUGGUUCAGCCACGGAGAGCCCUCAGAAACCCACCAAAGAUGAUCCUCCCUCUUCCCUGGAAAGCACAGAGGAAGAGCAACCAAAGCAAGAGGCAGGAGCCUUUGCAUCCCAGAGGAAGGGCAGCACCACAUCCUGCACGUGUGAGGGGUCCCUCUGCUCUCCGGAACCAGGGGCAUCCAGUCUGCUCUCCACACAGGACGCAACCGUGCCUUGCAGAAAGCGCACAUCAGAGACAGAGCCAUCAGGAGACAACCUUCUUUCUUCAAAACUGGAGCGAGCAUCUGAGGGUCCUAAGCCUUUCCACAGGUCAAGGCCAGGAAGACCUCAGAGCCUAAUCUUAUUCCCCAUCAUGGACCACCUACCCUCCUCAUCCACAAUGAUAGAUUCCAAGGUCCUGCUGUCCCCUAUCAGAAGCCCCACUCAGACAGUUUCCCCCGGCCUUCUCUGUGGGGAUUUGGCAGAUAACACAUGGGUCACACCAGAAGGGGUUACGCUUAGGAAUAAAAUGACCAUCCCCAAGAAUGGCCAAAGACUAGAGACUUCAACAAGCUGUUUUUACCAGCCACAGCGGAGAUCGGUGAUUCUGGAUGGAAGAAGUGGGAGGCAAAUAGAAUGAGAGCAGUUGCCCUGCUGGUGUCCGCAAAAAUGUCAGGUUCAUCUGGUAGUCUAGGGCCGACUGGCCAUUUUCCAAGCACAAGUUAGCUGACUGGGGCUUACUUUGGCCUCUGACCACCACCUCUCCCCUACUUGUCCCAUCUCUCCCUCUGUUUUUGACCAUGCGUGAGUUCAUUUGCCAGAAGAGUAGUCAAGGCAAGGAAUAAAAGGUGAGAUUUAAUAAGUCCACAGGAGCAAGUUGGGAAGGUUAGGCGAGGGAAGAGGACGGAAUGCUUGCCUACAAUGGAAAUUGGGGCUCGUCUGUAAGUCACAUUAUUCCUCCGUUACCAUUACCUAUUACUGUCAGGAGCUGGCUGUGUUAGUAUCCCUUGAAAGAAAGGAAAAUCCUUUGCCCGAGUCAGAAAAAUCUUCCUGUUUCGAUAGAAGGCUUCUUCGUGCUUUUUGCUAUUGUCUUUAUAGCAUGUGUUCUUUUACAACAAUUUUCUAAUUAGCUCUGUAAAAGUGUAUUCCCCCUCCCUGCCCCAAAAUAGAAGCAGAUCUGAAAAUGCAAACUAACAUGCACUUAAGCUAUCCAGGUGGGGGAACUUCCUGGGGUUGCUGCAAACCUGUCUGAGGUGAUCCAUGAACCACGUAGAAAAUCAGAAUCAGUACUCCAGAGCAAAGCCCCAGAUAGGCACCACCCACGAACAAUUCCUGGCGCUGGCCUUAUUGUGACCCAACCUUCCACUGUGCUGAGCUCUGAUUAACAAAUCCAUCAGCUAGGCAGACUGAGGACUGUGCUAGGACUGGGAAGUCAUAUAGGUAUGCAGGAGAAUUGUGUUGCGCUUCCUUAAACGUACCAGAAUCCAAGUGUCGUUACAUGUCCUAGAGAAAGGCCUCACAGGAAGGCACAACUUCAUUAUAGACCUGAUGUGUCUAAGUUGGUCAGGUAUUAGGGAGAAACAUUCUAGAAACUCUCCAUCACUAGGCUGUCUGGGCCUAGUGGGACAGAAGAGGAGGCAGGGAGGAGCCCCGGCAGAGUGGCUUCCCUUCUUCUCUCACCAUUACUCAAAGGCAGAUUUAAGAAACUCUCUGUGUCCUAAGUCCCCCUAUCCACUGUCCACCUAAGCCCUGAUUUGCUCUUUGACAUUGUCUAGACACAAGCAGAUGCUGGAAGACUUCUGUGCUUCCCUUCAAAGGCUUAAUGGGGAACUUCAGACUCCAGCCUGGCUGUUCUGUCCAGAGCUCAACCAUCCACAAGUUUCUCAAAAGACUAGCAGUACCUCUGGGCUCACUCCACAGUCAGAGUCAGCCCUGGACUGAGUAGGGGCUAAGCUGAAGUCAACUCCAAUGGGGAUGUGGAAGCAGAUGCACUAUCCCAGAUUUCAAGCCCUCCUCUCCCUCCCUGGUUAACCUUAAGGAUUUGAAAUCCUGACCUAUUCCUUUUAAGCCAGAGCCUGGGACAAGGAAAACUAGUAAGUUAACUAAUGGGAAUGAGCCCAUGUGAGGUAGCAAGGAAAGCAGGUAAUAGGUCUUCAGUCCUUGCUCUCCCAUUGGAUGAGGAAAACAUUGAACCAAUAGCCACUGAGAUGUCAACCCACGAGAAGUCUUGGGACACAGCAUUUCCCCCUAGUCACAAAAGGUGAAGAAAUAUGGUGUGAAGAGAUGAGCAAGGCUGGGAAGAUUUGAAAAGUGCACUCAUGCCCUAUCAAGCUUCCUGCCAGCUUCAGGGUGCUUACAGUGUGUUUUGAUAAUGACUUGUUCUGGUGAGAAUGUGAGACAAAAAGAGCCAAGUACUGAGUUUUCUUAGCCAGCAGGACUUGGAGGCUUUACCAUCUCGGUGUCCUGCUUCUCAAGUGUGGUCCCCUUUUUGAUGGUCUUAGAGCCUAUCAACUGUCACACACAUAUUCAUAAAUGUUAUGGGCUGGAUGAGCCUGGCAUUGAAAUUGUUCCUCAAGAUGCUCUGGGGUCACUCACCAUUUGACCACCAGCUGGGGCUCUCAUAUGGGACUCCUGAGAAUGGCCAGGUAGGAAUCAGACUGCUUGCUCCCAUCCAGGUUCUAGGAAAGUACAGCUGUUGUCAGGACCUGCUGAUGUCCCAAAAAGAGCAGGAGAGUCAUUCCAGAGCAACUACCAGUCUUCAGCAUGGGAUAGCUCAUUUUAAAGAUGGAAGUUCAAGCAAAAUGCAUACAUGUACCCUUUUUGGCAUAUUAUUGUUGCUUAAGACAAUAAUCCAUAUUUAUUUACAAAAUAGUCCUCCCAGGACUUUCUUCCCCUUUUUGGCCAAAAUGGAGUGGAGAAAGAGCAUUUAAUUUUUAUUUUCUAGUUUUAGAAUAUGAAAAGAUCUGGCCAAGACAUCAUUAUGAAAAAUACUAUUAACUUAAUCCAUGCCUUGAAAUUCAAAGUAAUGCCCAAGUUAAAAUUCUGGCUUUUCGGGACACUAAGAAUGACAAUGUCAGCAUUGUACUCAUCAAGUACUUAUCAAAUGCUUGGUAACAAGGCACUAGUUACCUUAGCACUCCUAACACUGUUGAGGAGUCUAAUAAGUAAACAGGGAGGAAUGCUGGCCAAUCAAACAGCCUGAAACAACUGGGAGCAAGGUGCAGACCACCCUUAGACACCAAGAAAAGGCAGGAAGAGCAACUAGCACCUUUCAGUAGGAAUGCUAACAGUAUUCAAAUGACCUACUAAUUUUAAAUAAUCUAAUUAAGCAAAAUUGCAAAUCCAAUAAAAUAUGUCAGUGAGACACUUGGGUGUUGAGAACUUUGUUCUUAAAGGUCAAAGUGAAAAUGAGUAUUUCUGAUAGUUUUCAUGAUCCUCAUUGUUUGUAAGGUCUAACUGUUGGAUGUCUUCUCAUAAACCAAGUAGGACCAAGCUCCACACACCUUAAGAAAGGAUUCGAGAGACUUCGAUCAUCAAAAAAAUGAGUUCAUUUCUGUUGUUGAUAAAGUCACAGAUAGGUCCAAGACAAACUGUUAACUUCAUGUAGUGUUCAGCACACAACAAUCACAUUUGGCUGAAAUUGGGUGGGUAGGUCAUUUGUCUACCAAGCCUUGUGUUCCUACCUUAAGAAGCCCUGAAGAAUAUAAGAUUUGUCUAGGAUUGGGAUGGAAGAAGUUUCCAGUAAGCCAACUCCUGCUUACAUGGAUUAGGACUAUCUUCUAUCAUAGCUGGCCCAUUUGAUGACAACAUGCAUCGUGGGAUUUGCUGGCCAAGAUUUCAGGCAUUUCAAGGAGGAAGGCCAGGUCAAAAUGUGUAAUGACAAAGAAGGUGUCCUCCUUUCCUAGCCAAUCAGAGGUGGAAGAGGGAGUAAAUGCACCUUUCUAGGCAAGAGGAGAAAGAUGGCAAAGGGUGAUUGGCUGAGACCAGCACCAGUCCAGGCAGAAUAAAAUGAUUGGCAUACAGAUUACUUAGCUUGAGGUACAUGAGCAUUGCAGAGAUUGGUUUUCAAUGUGGUCAAAAAAAGAGGUAACUAAUGUAAGAAGCUAUGAAUCCAGUCAUGUGCAUCACUGGAUGAACCCCAAUGCUUUGAAAUGAUGUAAUGCUAUUGUACUUUCUGGCUUAUAAUUCUGCAAAGUAAAGCACUUUUUUUCAAAGAACCCUAUUGGCAGCCAUAUGAUUGAUUGCAAGCUGUUUUUGAACUCUACAAAUGUUUCCAAAGAUAUAAUCAAAAUGUUUUCUAUUCAUGAAAAAAUAUAUUAAACAUACCCAUAGAGAAAUUUAAGUGUAAUUAAGAUAUUGUUAUGUUUUAAAAUGUACUCUAAUAAAUCAUAUAAAAUUUAA